UCUGUAUUAGUGGUGCUCUAGGGUGGGUUGUGGGGCAUUGUAUAACAAUAUAACAUAUAUUAAAGCACUUAUAAAUGUCUGCAUUUCUUUAGUAUUUAUCCGUGUACUUUACGGACUUUUAUUUUGAAAUGUGUUCAGGCCGGCUUUGUGUUAUUGUUGCAGUGUUACCGAUGUAGUGAAACCGGAACAUUUUCUUUCAAUAUUUUAAAACUGUUUAUUUUCCAGCAAAAAGUCUAUUUCAGAUUAUUGAAUCUGUGAGAGAAAAGCUGGAGACUUGGCAGUAACGUGUACAUAAAUAUGAAUGUGUUAAAGUAAGUCCAGGAGAUAAGAUGGAGGAAGAGCAGUUCGAGUCUCAGAGGCAGCGCGUGGAUUUAUAUCAGCACUGGUAUCAUCCAACACAUCAGCAUUUUCAGGCAGAACCACACCCAGUUCCUCAGUACCACCAGUUGGUUAACUCUUUCCAAUACCAGCAGGAUGUCCAAGAGUAUAGCGGCAUGAAUGAAUUAUCUGACCAUAGAGAGCCAGCUCAGAUCAGUCAGUUUCAUCAGCUGCCUGUCCAGCCUCCAGCUCUUCCUUUGACACCUGAGAAAGGGAAGAAGCGUGGACGGCCACCCAAGCAGGAAAAAAACCACCAAACCGACGCUGAAGUCACUGUGAAAAAAGCCAAACGAACUCUGGACAGAUUUAACGGCAUGUCCGUGGAAGAGGUCAUGGCCAAAAAACUGCCUGACAUCAUCACCCACAAUCUGGACAUUCUGAUAAUCGGUAUCAACCCCGGGUUGUUGUCCGCCUAUAAAGGACGACAUUAUCCAAAUCCAGGAAACCAUUUUUGGAAGUGCCUGUUCUUAUCAGGGCUCACAGAUGAGCAGCUCAACUACAUGCACGAUCAGAUGCUUCCGGAAAAAUAUGGCAUCGGGUUUACUAAUAUGGUAGAGAGGACUACACCUGGGAGCAAAGACCUUUCAAACAAAGAGAUUCGAGAAGGAGGCAAACAACUUCUGGAAAAGCUCCAGAGAUACAGGCCACGAAUUGCAGCCUUCAAUGGGAAAUGUAUUUAUGAGACAUUCUGUAAGGAGAUUUUUGGAGUGAAAGCCAAGAACCUGGAAUUUGGUCUGCAGCCUUACAAAGUUCCAGAGACGGAAACGGUUUGUUACCUGAUGCCAUCGUCCAGUCCACGCUGCGCUCAGUUCCCUCGAGCUCAGGACAAAGUUCAUUUCUAUAUAAAGCUGAAGGAACUCCGGGACCAGCUGAAGGGUGUGAUGCAGAACCAGGAGAUUCAGGAGACGGAGUACACCUUUGACUUAGUCAUGGCUAAAGAGGAUGCUAAAAGAAUGGCUAUCAAAGAAGAGCAGCAUGACCCUGGCUACGAGAAAAGCUCUACUAGUGCGACGCGACAGACGUGCAGCUUCUCUCCUGCUAAUCAACCAGGUUCUGAACAUUCUGCAGCUAUGGGACAGGUCGAGCCUAACCAGUGGACCAUGCAGCCGUUCACAGACCAGAUUCCAGACAUUAGGUACUCCAGCAACACGGAGACAUCACAAUAUUUCUGAUGGACUUUUCUCAAGCAAGUGCCUACUCAGCUCUUCUGAACUGAAAGGAGAAUGAAUUUAAAGCAGUUUUAUAACCGUUACCUGACUUUCCAGUCUAUUUAUUGUGUUUCGUAGUAGGUGUAGAUCAUGUACUUCAAAGCCAGUGUGUUUUUGUAUCUUUAUUAUGAACCUGUGUAUGCAGAUGUGUUGUAUUUUACUUGAAAAUCGCAGCAUUCUGUAAAAGUAAGCUGCAUAUUUUUCUUACUGUGAUGAUACAGUACUCAAGACUAUUGUUUAGUUCAUUGUUUGUUUUUGAAAGAUAUACACAAAACCUUUUAGCAAUGCUGAAUUUUUACCAGGUUGAAUAGGUUUACUAAAUACUGAGGCCAUGCAUGAUGCAUGAGUUGGUCUUCUUGCACAAUAUUUCACACUAAAUCAUACUCAUCGGUGCUUAUUUAUGAUUUCUGACCUCAACUGAAGGGUACUUUAUACUCUUGCACUGUGUGAUCAUGAAAAGUUUGCACAAACCGUGUAGAUUCACAAACUGGACUUCAGAUGGACCGCUUCACACAAGAACAGCAGGAAAUCCCAAAAGCCUGCAGUGCUGUGGUCAUCUAGGACUGAUGUUUACGAACCCAGUGUCCACUGCUCUGUUGGCUGUUCUGUUAGUAAAUACUGGUUGUACUUUUACUGGUACAAAUGUUUCCACAGUGUUUUGAAUGUACAAAAGUUCAUCAAACUUUCACUGUACAUAUUUUUUCUAUUUAUGGUGUAAUUUUGUACCAUGUUUUUUUUUUUUCUUAACAGUUGUGUUUUAAUAAAUUGAAUAAUAUUCACCACACAGUCACAGCUGGACUGUUGAAAAUGACCAAUAAAAAACUCUCA